UUUGUAAGAAGGAUCAUCGUGCUGCGACAAUUUUUCUUAGAGUUAUCGUCUGUCAUGGUUGAUUCUUAUUCAAAAUUUUUCUAUGCAGUAAUUUUUUCAAGCACUAUACAACGAUUGUCAUAGUGCAUAAUAAAAACAGUGGCGCAUUGCAGUCGUUCUGUAUCACAGAUUGUUCAGCAAAUUCCCGAAUAACUAUACUAUCAGCAAAGCAACCGCGGAGGCCGCUGUACUAAAAUACGGACAAAAUAUUCCAACAGGGAUUGUCAGACCGUUUAUUGUCAUGCCGACAUCGGAGGAACCAUAUGGUGGUACUGGCGCUGUUGUUGGAAUUGCCCGUGGUUUCCUACGUACAAUAUAUUGCAUACCUGAAUACGUCUCUGAACAGAUACCAGCUGACUACGUCGUGGCUACUGUUAUUGCUGCAGAUUGGGACAUUACGAACAGGAAAUCUCUAACGAAAUUGGAGAUAGACACGAACCUGACUGACGAAGAGAAGGUACCUAUAUAUAAUUCGGUAUCGUCGCCACAGAAUCCAAUCACUUGGCGACAGUACCAGGAACUGACUAAGAAACAUGGAGUUCGUGUACCGUCUGUACACACUAUUUGGUAUUACAUGUUUUACUUCUCCAGAAAUAAGUUCAUGAAUUGCGUUUACACUUCCCUGUUGCACACGACACCAGCGAUUAUCGUAGACACGAUAGCACAUCUCAUAGGUCGUAAACCAAGCUGCAUGGUUCUUGCCAUCUCAGCUUUGCCAAAUUCUAUGAACUUACUGGACCACAAUGGAAGUCGAAUGACAAUAAAUGUGUUCACAUUUGUCACACGCGAGGUAGAACAAUCAUUGAAAAAUAUUGGGACUUUUCAGCUUAUAAGGGACACAUAUAAAAAACUACAUAUGUAUGCUGGAGCGAUCAAUUAUUUCUCGGCGAAACAGUGGAUGUUCCGCAAUGAGAAUGUGAGGAAAAUGUGGGGAAAGCUAAAUUAACGAUCACCAUGAGAAAAGUAGUAAUUUAAAGCCAAAGAUAAGUUUAAAUUUAAACUAAACGUAGAUAAUGUCAGACACACGGGCAACUUGUAAUAUUUACGCGAUAGCUUAUAAUUAGCAUCGACGUCUUUUAGUUUUAAGGUACAAUUUCUGUCGAUUCCUACAAUUUUUGCAACGUUCUAUUCUGUUCCAUUGACUUUCAGGUUCAAUUAUCGCGGUUGUUAACACACAAUCCCUUUCUCCAAUGAUUUCCAGAUUUCUGAUCAAUGCGGAAAUGAAUGUAAUGAACUCGCUUAAUGAACUCGCAACUGUAGGAAACAGCGACAGCUUGUUUGCGUACGAAUUGUUGGAACAAUCAAAAGACGGAACACAUUACCAUAUAAAGAUAGUCAUUCUCGCUCUUUAAAUAAAACUAUCACAUCGCGGUCCUUCGCAUUCGAAA